AUGGAAGAUGAAAGUCAAGGAUCUCGAAGAAGUCGCAUAUCUUCCACAGCACGUAUGCCACUCUAUCAUGAAUCCGCAACCAAUUCUUCAAGCAAUAAUACGAGAAUGAACAACAUGGCAACGCCUACUAUCUCGUCGCAGAGUACGAAUAGCUCUAGUGCGCAUUUGCCUUUGGGGGGAGGAAGAAGUAGUGCGCAAUCUGGCCGCGGUACUUUUUUGCAAGAGAGGUUGAGGGAGAGGAAGGAGAGAGACAAGAGAUCAAGCGCGGAUUUUGGGGCGAGUAUUAAUAUGGGGAGGGAUAUUCAAAGUUCGCCAGGUUAUAAAGGUGGGAGUGGGAGUGGAAGUGGGGUUGGGGUUGCGCGGGAGAGAGAUGAUAGGAGACCAAGCUCGAGUGGAGUGGGUCAACCGGGUAAGAUGGCGAUGGGUGUUAAGCAAAUGGAAGAGACGGUUUCGACAUUACACAAACAAAAUUUCGAUCUUAAACUAGAGCUUUUCCAUCGACGACAGAGACAAGAAACCUUAGAGUUGGAAUUGGAGCUUGCGAACAACCAGAUCCAAGAGCAGGCAGAAAUGCAAGAAAUUAAUGAAGCUUUACUCAAAGAAUUGGAGAAAAGAGAUCAGGCAGUCGAAGAAGCUGUUACUUUAGUUUGUGAACUGGAAGCCAAGGUUGAGAGACUACUGCAGGAACGAGAGGAUGUGAGGAGCUUUGAUUCGCAGUAUGGAAAUGACUACAUCGAUUAUGAUCAUGGCCAUGGAAUCCAUAUCCCGAGCUCGCCCCCGACGAUUGAUAAAGACACCAUGAGUACUCCUAGAGGAAAGGAAAGGUCGAAAGUUAUUGCUAGAAUGCCCUCGUUUCUAUCCGAGCAAAGCGAAGGCGUGGAAGCUUUGAGGAGUUUGUAUCUUCCUAGCAGUAGCAGUUACAGUGAUGUUGCUCUUCCAAAAUUACCAGAGGAAGAUAGUGAAAGUGGAAUGGCUAGUCCUUCACUGAGUGUUCUGAGUGAGAGUUCAUUCUUGAGCAUUUAUGGAGAAAAGUCACCAGCAACAAACGAAGAUUUCGACUCCCCGCCGCCAAGACAACAUCGUCGGACGAGCUCAUCAGUUGAAAAAUGGAUCGACGAACGUCCAGCAUCAACCAUGCCUAUGCCAAUACCAUCACCUUCAUCCCAAUAUAGUGGUCGAAGAAGUCAAUUCCUGUCGAUGAAUUAUGUUGCUGCUUCGCCAUUGCAACGCCUUGAGAAACUUAGGAAUAACUUGGAGAAGCAAUAUAACAAUAGCACGAAUUUGCGACUCCAAAGUCAGUCCAAAAAACGAGAUGACAUACAGGAUAGACAACGUCUCAGAGAGGGUGAUCGUCGACACAUGGCUGAUGCGAAUGGAUUCGAUACAUCGCAGAUAUUACCACCCACACCAGAUACCAUCAGCACGGGCACUUUGAGAAAUUACAAGAAUUCAGAUGAUACUUUGAAUCAAAGACAUCAGGCCAAUGAAGAUGAAGUAACAUUCCUUAAUAUUACAUCGACAUUCUCUGCACCUCCUACUACCUAUAAUCCAUGCCAAUCAACUAUAUCCAUGCGACCACGGAGCGCUGGAGAAACUGUAACAAGUCGACGAGAAGGCCAUGGCUGGGAUACAGAUACAUUGGAGACAGAUGAGCUAGACACUUUCACUAUUUCCAGCACCGAAAGUACCAAAAUUCAUCCUCCCACUCGCCAACCCCGAGGCGGAAAUCAAACUCCAGAAUUCCUCUCUUUCAACACUACAUCCCGCGAGCGCGAUGAUUCGAGAAUCUGGGGCGGCGAUGGAGUGUCCAACAAUUGUCCCACAACACGUGUUCCCUCGGGCACAAAUUCCAAUUUUCGAACUUCGAGUACUACAGCUCAGCGUUAUGAGAUAUUGCGAACGGCACCGCAAGCUGAGACUCAACCGAGAAGUGACGAUACAAUUACACCCGGUUAUUCGGAGCGUAGACCACAGUCACAAGUUGAGGAUCAUCGAGAAAGACAUACAAAUAGAGAGAUUGAGAGAUCAUCAACACCUUUAGAUGAAAAUACACCCAGACCUUCUGCGCCCGAUCGAAGAUCUUCAUUGGCGGCUGCUACGUCUAAAUUGAGAAAACAUGCCCCAGCUGCGAUCACUACAAGCCAUGAUUCCAACAUUAAAAUCCCACUCGCGCCUGUAUCAGCAAGUAUACCGAAUACACCUUCAAGAGAAUUUUCCAAGGAAAAAGAAGGUGGCAAGGAAAAGGAUUUUAGGAGAUUACUUCCUUCGAGAUUAUUCUUUGGGAGAUUGGAAACUGCGCCGGCUAAUAUCGUGAACUCGCCUUCGAGUUCAAGUUCCAAUUCAAAUACAGACCGGAGGGCCAAAUAUCAAUCUUUGCCAACGAGGAAUAGAUAUAGUAAUCGAAGAACGGAUUUGAGUAAUUAUCAGUUGGAUGGCAGUGAUGAAAGUGGAAAUGGGGUUGGUAAGAAGACGUAUUAUGAAGAAGAUGAAGCUGAGGAUGAUAGAGAAAGAAGCGCGACACCGCCGCCUAUUGCGAGGAAUAGAGCGCAAUCGGCGCAAGAUCGGCGAGAGUAUGGGGGAAGACCGAGGAGUGUGGGUGCGAGGGAAAGAGAGAGGGAGACGAAGGGAUUUGGAGGAGAUGGUAUUCGUGAUCGGGAUGAAGUAGUGAGAGACAUUAUUGCUGGAUCUGGUGAUGAGAGGAAGUGUGUUAAGGGGUCAGCGAUGGGUAUGGGGAGGGAAAGAAGCGAGAAUAUGCAUGUAGAUGCGAGUAAUGAGGGUAAUAAGGAAAACGACGCAGUUAAAGAUAAAGAAAAUAGCAGUAGUGCUAAUACAGGCCAUGGAAGAAAAUGGUUUGGUCUUGCGCACGUAGGUGUAGGGAGAUCGGCGAGUGUUUCAAGGCGCUGA